UCUGCAAUGGCCGCAGUGGCCGCUGAGUAACUUCUGCUCGAUCGUAACAUUUUAGUAGCAAGAAUAGCGCGUUGAUUUUAAAAUUUUGAUACAUAUUUGAGAAGAACUGACAUCAGUGAUUUUCGAGCGAAUCUUUUGUGUAUUACCUACCAGUCCGAAGAAUGGGAGGCCCUAAGAAGGGACAACGAACGAAAGGAAAUGCUCGGCCAUCAAGCAGUGGCAGAAGCGCAGAGUUGUUGUCCGCAAGCGGCACCGGGCUCACAGGGUUUGUUGGAUUUGGUGGCCUGGCUGGAGAUUAUGUGCCGCCAACAGGGCAGCACACGGGCGAUGAUGUUGAUGCAAGUGUCGACAGCGACUUCCGCCUGGUUCUGCGGAAACUCACCAAGAGGGACAAUACGACGAGGCUCAAGGCUCUGCAAGAACUGGUAGACGUCAUCAGAGAAAAAGACGCCGACGCCGUGAAGGGGGCUUUGCCCUUUUGGCCGCGACUUUACAACAAGCUGGCCGUUGACAACGACCGCAGAGUGAGAGAGGCAACGCAUCGGGCCCACGAGCAGCUCUGCCUGAAGGUCAAACGUAACCUUGCGCCCCACGCAAAGGCAAUGGUCGGAGUGUGGGUUGCGUCUCAGUGCGAUCCGUUCGCUCCGGCUGCGUCUGCUGCCAGGGCCGCCUUCGCGGCUGCGUUUCCGUCGGCCAAACAGGCGCAGGUCCUGUCUUUCUUUGCCCAGGAAAUCUUUGGUUACUGCAGCGACAUGGUACUGGUGCAAGUCCCGACAACACUACCCGACUCAAAGGGGCUUCCAAAAGAGGAACAGGAAGCAAAGUAUUUCCGCUGCCUCACCUGCGCGCUUCUAGGCCUCAAGCUGCUCGUCGACAAUCUGUCUCCCCUGCCGGACCUUACUGCCCUGACCGCCAUCUUGGACGAAAGCAAAUUCUGGAAAUUUGCCAAACAUACGGAAGUCACGGUUCGCAAGUCUUGGUACGGCCUGAUGACGUCCGUGUGCCAGCACGUGCCCGAAUUGGCGUCCAAGCACGCCAAGCAGCUCAGCGGCGUCACUUUGAACUCUCUCGCUGAGACGGAACCUCUCAUCACGGUCGCCAUUUGGGAGACGUCACUAGCCUUACUCUCUUCCGUUCCUGACUGCUGGCAACACGUGAAUGCCAGGAAAGCCGUGCUUCCGCAGCUGUGGCGAGUUCUGAAAGGAGGUGGUUUCGGUAGCGCGACCCACGUCUAUCCCAACUUGCUGCCUUUCUUGAGCCUCAUCCCCGCCGACGUAAUCGGGGAUGGGGCAGGGUUCUACGAGGCUUUCUUUGCCAACAUUAGGGAAGGUCUGGCAGAGCCCAAAGUUCACAACAUUCCGUCUGAAACAAAUGCCAUCGUGCAAGCCUACAUGGAGUGCCUUCGCUAUGCCCUCACCAGAAACCUGGGGUCUGACAACAAUGCUGUCGCUAUCCGGGAAUACCUCACAGUGGAACUGCACUCCCUGCUGGACACUUCCUUAACAGACCCAAAAAACCGACUCUCAUCUUCAACCUUGUACCACAACGUCGCCGAACUCCAUUCCUACUGUCUGCGACAGAGCUCUUCCGCAGAACUGGACCCCUCUCACCGUGCUUCCUUCCAAAAAAUGCUAACCACAUUCUGGGACCACGUACAAAAAGUCGGACUCGACAUUCUCUCUUCCGACCCGCCGAACACGAAGCAGAUCCAGCGCCUGACCGGUCUCAUCAACGAAAUCCACAAUCCGUCGGCACCAAAAGUCAAGAGGAGAGUCACGAUCGCCCUGCCCUCCGAAGAAGAAGAAGAAGUCGUGGCUAGAGCGACAAAAUCGGUCGCGCAUCUCAAGAGGUUGCCUUCGAUACUGGAAGGUCAUCGAAGCAUUUUAAAUUACACGACGAAACUGUGUGCCGCGGCGCUUCAACGUGCAACAUCGUCCGGAGACGAGGCUUACGUCCAGGCGCUCUCUUCGCUGUUACGUUCCGCAUCUUCGGACGCGUUCGUUCGGGACCUUCUGCAAGACCUCGGCACUCCCGGCGGAACAGAACGCACGGCGGCGUUCGCGUUACUGGAAGUGUUGCGCCCUCUACUGGAGGCGAAGAAAGACCAGGAAUGCGAUCGCGAAGCAGUGCUGGGGCACGCGGUGGACUGCUUGCUGACCGUGUCGUCGUCUGCAAAGACGGAUGAAGUCGUGGUCUUCUUCGACAGUGUUGUCGAGAGCGGAAGACACGUGUUUGCAGUUGUCUUGGAGAAAAGCCUUGCAUGCUGGGAAAGUCAUCCUGGAAUGAAAAAGUGGCUGCAGGGCCCACAGCUGGUGCAGAAGCUUGUGGACCUGGCAAGCCAGCUGAUCCCUACAACUUUGGAAGAGUCAGACAUGGAACAUGUUUGGAGGAUCCUCAGGGCAAGCAUUGGGACGGCAAAUAUCUCCGAGCCAUUGAUUUCAUCGAGUGACUUGAGUGCGAUUCUGGCAACAAUUCAGAAGUCACUACAAAGGUUUGCAAGUGCGGAACCCGAUAAGAAGAAAGACCUGUGGGAGGCCGUCAACUUUGUCUGUGAUGUGACGCUUGCCUUAUUUUCCAGCUACCAGGACUGCAGCCACCUUGCCUCAUCUGGAGAUCUCUUGCAUACUCUGUUUCUCCUCGACUGUCAAAAUGCAGCUGCGUCAGGCAUCACAGAAAAAGUGGGUAGGGCUUGGCGGCAGGGCGUGCAUACGAUCGUGAAGGCGCAGGGAGGCUUUGUGAAGGAUGACGGUGUGCUUCACAAAAUUUCCUCCUCGAUUCAUUCGCAGCUCCUGACAGACCUGUCGUCUGAAAAGUGCAACAUACUGAUUGAGUGCACAUCGAGAUACUUGGAGAGUAUCUACUCUGCACUCCCUAAGGAUGAUCAUGUCCAGUGUAAUCCUGCCACAAUGCCAGUCAUUGCAACCGUACUUGACCUGGUUCUUCCUUCAGAAGAAGAGUGGGAGAGACUGGCAAGGGGACACUCACUUCUGGAACGGCUUCCCCUGCACUUGAAAGAACGGAAGAAACGCCCGUACCUGCAGGCCAGUAGCUACGAGCCUCCUGCUGUUUCUGAGUCUGCACUGAGAGAAGUGGCGAGGUUUACGGAGAACGUCCUCACCCGUCUUCUUGCUCUGAGUGUGGGGGAGCCACGGGAAGAUGAGGAUAUCGAGUCAGCAUCAGAGGUGGUGGCGGAAGAGCGCAACCCCGAAAUCUUACGCUCUGCCAAUUUUCUUGCCUUGGCAAAGUGCCUUUCUUCAACAGCAUCUUGUUCUCGCCGCGAUACAACGAACGAAGCCACACGCGCGGCUUCUGACGGAUUGGCUUUGAGAGCAUUUCUAAAGCCACACGAUAGGAAGUUAUUUCAUAAAUUUAUCGACAGGGUUCUUCGUGGCGAACAUAUUUGGCUCGAAGCUCUCUCCGACUUUUUGGAAAGCAUGCCGAAAGCAGAUGCAGGACGCCUGUGCAUCUCACAUCUUGAAGACGUUAAAGAAGGCUUGACUGAGAACGCAGAAAUUCUGCUGGUUGUCCAAACUCUGCUUCCAUAUUGUCCGGACUCACUAAAGCAAGUUGUUUUUACCACGUGCAUGGGCCAUCUUGUGUGUUGGGAUCCCAGUCUAGGAUGUGCAAAGACACCGCAGCUGCUUUUGCUGCUUGCCAAAGCUAUAGAAUCGACGGAACUACAGCCUCUCGAAGAUGUCGUGUCAGUUCUCUACUUUCUCCAAGGAAUUCGGGGCUCACAUCCGGAGCUGUAUCUCCGAGACGAAGCAGAACAAACUCUGACAAACGACGAACGUGAAUUCGCUGGAGCAUGUUGCCUGUACCUCUCUGCUGUUCUGAGCCGAUGCCCCCAAGUUCUUCAGCCCGUGAACUGGGACUUUAUCUUACUUAGUCUGGCAAUGUGGAUGGAGAAAUUCAAUUGGAAGCAAAGUAUUCAUGCCUUCUCAACUAAUCAACUGAUGUUUGCCAAUGACCUCCUGGCCCUUCUGCUGUGCGUAUCGACUGUUAUUGACGAAUCGUCGUCUGCCAGGACUUUGUGCAACUUUCCCGAAAAUAUUGUCACAGAAUGGAAGGAGUUCUACACAGAAACCAUAUUUUCUGCUCUUAUCCCAGGGUUUAUCACACUGACAGAUGCAGCAGGAGUGCUGAAUGAUGCCGAAGAAACAGUAGUGUCGGCACUUCGGGCUUCUCUGGCGUUAGCGUCCGAAGUGCAAAUAGUUAAAUUCACAAAGUGCUCUAGCGAUGACUUGUCCUCAUUGAACGCGCUCAUGUCAAAGUUAACGCCCUUGAUGACAUCGAAAUCAUGUGCCGUGCAGCUUGGAUGCAGCAAACUGCUCGAAACGAUAGUACCUCUAGUUGCAAGGCUGGAUGCAGAACUGCUGACCAGCAAUGAGGAGGCGGCUUCUUCAAGGCCUCCUCCAGGUCCCCUCCUCUCCAUACUCAAGGAAACCGGUCAGAUCGUGGACGCCCUUCUUUCAGACUUCGAGGUUGGAGACUGUUGCGUCGUGCAGCCAAAGACGGAUAGUUACACGUACACGCUGGCAUACCUGCUGUCGUGGUCGCAGCUCUUGUCCUUCUUCAGAGCGUCUCCUGCCGAGGCAAGGUCCGAGUACGCAGAAUACCUUCAAGAGGCAGGCGUAUUGGCAAACCUUCUCAGACACUUGUUCUGCCUCAUGCCCGAAAACAUCAACUUAACGAGCCCAACGUCGGGAUCCCCCGUGAAAGGAAGAACUAUGUUCAGCCAGGCAGUGACCUUCACGCCUGCGGAAGAGUUCACGUCGCUGAAACUUCAGCACGUGGCAUGCCAGACGUACCUGGACACAAUCUCGAAGCUUCCGGCUCUCGUGAGGAGCUGGUGGAACAGUCAGAAUAAACGUAUCAUGGACCAUGUUGAGAGGUUCACUUCUAAGUAUGUCACAGGGGUGAUAUGCUCGAGGGAACUACAGGCUGUUCAGAAAGCAGAAGUGGCAUUCAAGAACAUGACGGUGAAAGCACGACCAGUAGCGCGGGAAGUGGUAGCAACGCACACUAUAGAAGAAGUCGCGAUGGAGCUGAUUGUCCGGCUGCCAGCCAAUCACCCGCUAGGAGCCGUGACUAUCGAGAGCGGGCGCAGGGUCGGGGUUGGCAACAACCAGUGGCGCCACUGGCUGCUCCAGCUCACAACGUUUUUAACUCACCAGAACGGUUCCAUAUUGGACGGGUUGGCCCUCUGGAAACGCAACAUCGAUAAGCGCUUCGAAGGCGUUGAAGAAUGCAUGAUCUGCUUCUACGUCCUGCACGGGGCCACGUGCCAGUUGCCAUCCCUCUCAUGCCGAAUAUGCAAGAAGAGGUUCCAUUCAGCUUGUCUGUUCAAAUGGUUCAGCACGAGCAACAACUCCACAUGUCCCCUUUGUCGAAACAUAUUUUAAGAUGCAAGGCACAAACUUUGCCAGGCUCAUUGUACAGGUGCACAUAUGAUUUGUAUAAAUGCAAUGCAGAUUCCGA